AUGGAACACACGGUCAGGCCGUUCUCGAUCACAGAUCGCGGGCCUCCGCUGCUUGCCAUUGAUGCAGCUGCUCUGGGACUCGCCCUGAUCGCCACGCUUUUACGAUGUUAUGUCCGCAUACGACUCGUCCGCGCCUUUGGCGUUGACGACUGGCUGAUGGCCGCAGCCAUGAUCACCUUUUCGGCCUACUGUUCUUUUUCCAUCGCCGGCGUCACCUACGGUACCGGACAGCAUAUCGAGGAUCUCCCCCCAGAAAACAAUGCGACCGCCAAGAAGUGGUGGUGGUGUUGCUAUCUAGCCUACUCGGCCACCAUGAUCCUCUCCAAGCUCUCCAUCGCCUACUUCCUCUUGCGCGUCACCAUCAGCCGAGUCCACCGCUGGAUCAUUUACUUUUCCGCCAUCAUUACCGUUGCCAGUUGCGCCACCUUCUUUUUCGUGUCACUCUUUCAGUGCUAUCCAGUGUAUCAUUUCUGGACAAAGCACAUGGACCCCGACGGCGGGACUUGCAUCGACAUGCAGGUUGUGAUUGGCCUGGCCUACCUCUUCAGUGCCAUGAGCAUCAUGUCGGACUUUACAUUCGCUCUUUUACCAGCAUGGAUUGUGUCACAUUUGAACAUGCGGACACGGACAAAGGCUGCCUUGAUCACCCUCAUGGGAUUGGGUUGUUUCGCCGCCGUUGUUGUUCGCCUCCCCUAUAUGCACCACAUUGCCAGCGAGGACUUUCUCUACGACACCACCGAUAUUGCCAUUUGGUCCACCGUCGAGCAAUGCCUGGCCAUCACGGCCGGUUGCCUCGCCACACUGCAACCCCUGGCCAAGUCCAUUGGCUACAGGCUAGGACUCACUACGCGUCCGAGCCUUCCCCUCAGCAACAGCGCCUACAAAAUGACGGGUGGCGAGAUCUCAGUGAGGAGGUCAUUUACCAGAAGAACAGAGACCUUCUCGUCGUGCGCCGUCAACCUGCGAGGCAUCCCACUCGAGGAGGGUGGUCUGAAGUUGCAGCCGGGAAUUUCGGGGUAUACCGCCAUGUGUUAUAACACGAGCGGUGCGGGCAGCCAAGAGGAACUGAGACCAAGUGAAGUCGACAGGCCGGAAAUAGGGGGUUCGGACCCGAACCUCAAGGAAGAGGAGGUAAUUGCUGUCACUGUAACAGUCAGGGCAAAGGAAGGGAGCCCAUAA